AUGGGCUAUAUUUCGUAUAAAAUUGACGUUCUGCCAGAGAUUGUGGAGGCAGUUAAAGGAAGGGGUGAAGUCUACAUUGAUGGUGGAAUAAGACUAGGUACAGAUGUACUGAAGGCUCUGGCUUUAGGGGCACGAGCUGUUUUCAUUGGCAGACCAGCCAUCUGGGGACUCGCAACCAAGAUUGUUUUCAGGUUGCGAAUUAGACCACGCAUUCUCCGUGGGAUAUCUCAAGUGGACCUUACCACAACAGUUCUCGGACAAAAAUUCACUAUGCCGGUUGGAAUUGCACCCUCCGGAAAGCAUAAGCUUGCUCACCCUGAUGGUGAACUGGCAACUGCAAUAUGUGAGAAAUCAGCACGGACAUGCAUGAUACUAAGCAGUGUGGGAUCAACAGCUCUAGAGGAUGUUGCACUUGCUGCUCCUGAUUCACUCGAAUGGAUGCAGCUAUACAUUUCAAGAUCGCGUGAAGUGACGCGAAACAUUGUGGAACGUGCAGAGAAAGCCGGAUACAAAGCAAUUGUUGUCACUGUAGAUGGAGGUGUGAUUGGAAAACGGCUGACAGAUUUCCAAAAUCACUCACUUCUACAGCCAUACUUAAUACACCUUCCAAACAUUGAAGCAUCCCAGUUAUCAGAAGCAAAGAAAUCAUCCAAUUUUGAGCAAAGUAAGCACAUUAGUAGCUUGGCUUUCAACAGUUUUGCUGACUCACUGGUUGAUCCAUCAAUUUCUUUUGAAAUUGUGGACUGGCUAAAAAGCAUCACCAAACUACCAAUUAUACUAAAGGGAAUUCUGACAACAGAUGAUGCAAGGGAGGCUGUUGCAUAUGGAGUUGAUGGAGUCAUUGUUUCCUACACCGGUGGAAGACAGUUAGAUUAUGUCCCUGCCACUAUUGACGUUCUGCCAGAGAUUGUGGAGGCAGUUAAAGGAAGGGGUGAAGUCUACAUUGAUGGUGGAAUAAGACUAGGUACAGAUGUACUGAAGGCUCUGGCUUUAGGGGCACGAGCUGUUUUCAUUGGCAGACCAGCCAUCUGGGGACUCGCAACCAAGGUGCUUGUCAUGAUUUAUACUAUAUUGUUAUAAUACAAAUGUAACACCUUUUACUUUUUCCCACUCAGUGUGUGGAAUUUGAAGUUUUGUUUUUUUUCCUCCAUAAAACUUCACUGUAGCGGGAAAAACGCCAGCUAUAUAACAAAAUAGGUUAUUGAUGAUUCUGGAGGUUAGUUAUGUUCAAGUGAGUGAAUUAUUACACGGUCUGGUUUAUAUGAGUAUAAUCUAAAAGUUGUGUUUUUUAAGUAGAAGUCAUUAAAAUCUGCAUGAUAGAACAUU